AUGCCACUCUAUGCCAAGUUCUUGAAGGAGCUCAUGACAUGGAAAAGAAACUGGGGAGAGAAGGAAACCAUAGUGCUCACAGAGGAACGUAGUGCCAUCAUACAAAAGAAGCUUCCCCAAAAGAUGAAAAAUCCUGGGAGCUUCCAAAUCCCUUGCAUAAUAGGGGAUAUCAACAUUGAGAAAGCAUUAUAUGAUCUGGGAGCUAGCAUCAACCUCAUGUCUUUGGCUAUGAUGAAAAGAAUGAGGAUAGAAGAGGCCAAACCAACAAGAAUGGCACUUCAAUUGGCUGAUAGAACAUUCAAGUUUUCUCAUGGGGUAGUGGAAGAUUUGUUGGUGAAAGUAGGAGAGUUCAUCUCUCUAGCUGAUUUUAUUGUACUAGAUAUGGAGGAAGAGGCUAACACAUCUAUCAUCCUAGGAAGGCCAUUCCUAGCUAUUGUUGGAGCUAUAAUUGAUGUUCAAAAAGGAGAGCUAGUCUUGAGAUUGCAUGAAGAGAAGAUAGUCUUCAAUGUCUUUAAAGCAAUGAGUUAUCCCAAGGAGUCCAUAGGUGAAUGCAUGAUGGUGGACACAAUGGAAAAGAUAGUUCAAGGAGUGUUGGAAGAAGAACAAUGUGAAGAAGCUAUGGAGCUAGAGCAACAAGCAUCAGGUGGAGAAUUACCACAAGAAACCAUGGAUGAUUCAAUCAUGUUGAACCACACUAGCAACAAAGAAGUGGAAGCACCGAAACUAGAGUUGAAGACCCUACCUCCAAACUUGAAGUAUGCUUACUUGGGUGACAACAACAUAUACCCAGUAAUCAUCAAUUCAAGCUUGAGUGAGGGACAAGAAGAGGAGCUUAUCCAUGUGCUAAAGCAACACAAAGAUGCUAUAGGAUGGACACUUGCAGAUUUAAAAAGAAAUUAG